AAAAUUUGGGGUUAAUCUGUAAUUUUCAAAUUCUUUUAUUUAAAGGGUACUUAGGUCUUUUCAUGUCAAAACGCCACACAAUCUGUCGCAUGCAGCACACAAUAAGCCUUCAGGGACCUUAUUGGCUUUAACUAACAUUCAUACGGGUUCCUUGUUAUGUUUCUUUAACACGGGGUUUUUUCAGCAAUUAGUGUUUAUACAAGGGUAGUUUUUGCAAAAAAAAAAAAACCCACUAAAUAAUUCUAGAAGGCUGAAAUUUCUACCAAAACGCGCUUUUGAAACUUCUCUUCCGUGUUACAAAAUCCUCCCCCCUUCUCCCUCCGAUCGCCUCCUCAAUUCCAAAUUCCAAAUUCCCAAUUCCCAAUUCCCAAUUCCCAAUUUCCAAUCCUCAAUUCCCAAUUCAAAAGCAUUGGCAUCAAUGGCGACGAUAUACUGCUGCCGAGAGUGCGGCGCGAAUCUCAACCUCGUCGCCGCCCACCUCUACCCGCCGGACUUUUAUUUCGAGGCCGGCAACAAAAAUUCGCUCUCUUUCUCCACCGUCGAUUCCUCAAAAUUCAGGUUCGAGAAAGAAGACAAGAUCCGACCUUUCUUCGAGACUCUUAAUUACUGGGGAAUUCAAAGGAAACGCACCAAGAUCAUCUGCAAUAGCUGCGGAAAGCUCGUCGGCCACAUUUACGAUGACGGGCCGCCGUUGACUGAUAGUAUCGGCCAGUUCGGGUUCGGGCCGAGUCAGGUCGUGCCUAGAAACCCUAGGUACCGGUUCAAGAACAAGGCUUUGACUGUUAAUUCUCAGACUUGGUAAAUGACUUGUGUUGUGGUUUUUGUAAAUGAUGGGCUUCGUUUUUUAUUUUUUAUUUUUUUUUAUGCUUUUGUUGAUUGAACAAUAUUAAUGAAAAAAAUAAAUAAAAAUAUGAUGUAUGUUUCUCACAUGGUUUCUCUGAUUUCUUUCUCUCAUCGCAUUAUAUUUGAAUUAGUUAAUGAUUAUAUUUAAUGACAUCAAUUGUAAGUUGAACUUUGA